UGAUGCAAAUUAGUUGUGGCAACAUGAUAUGUCAGCCAAGCCAGUGGAACUAUGACACGCCGAACAAAUUGGCCAGACACUAUGAAUGAUUCCAUCCUCUAUGAUUCGGAAUCUAGAUAUAGAGGUGAAAAUUCGUAUUACGGAUUACUUUACAGCCUCUCCUAAUUAGCUAAUGAGAGAGGCUAUUUGAGUAGGUUUCUGAAUACCAAUUGGUAUCAUAUUACGUUUGCAGACGUUGACGUGGCAUUCAUUUGCAACAUUCUGAACAAAGGGUCUUCACGGCUGAGCAACAUCGGUAAUGAAGACAGCCUUUCUUUGCGGCAUUCUGCUUAUUGCGGGGCUCUUUGUUGAGAAUAUUGUUGGAGAAAGAUCUGGUCAAUGUUUGGCCGGUAAACUCGUGGAAUCGUGCACGACUACAGUGCGAUACUUGCAGGAAGAAAUAAAGAAAAUGCAACAUUCAUUCAACGAGAAAAUUCAAGAUCUGCUAGAGAACGGACGGCAGCGGGACAGAGAAAUUGAGACAUUAAGAGAAGCUUUAUAUACUACAAAAUCCAGUCUGAAUUCAACAUUGAAUCAGCACACAGAAGAAAUAAAGGAGCUACAAUCAGACGUGACAACUAUAAGGGAUGACGUGAAUCAGCAACAGUCAGAUUUACAAGAUUUGACGGUCAUUCUUAUUGAUGUGAAUACCACGACACAUGAACAAGAAACAGACAUAGAGGGGCUACAGUCAGACGCGACCACAUUAAGGAAUGACGUGGAUCAGCAAAACUCAGAUUUACAAGAUUUGACCGUCACAGUAAAUGUCUUGAAUGCCACACAACUUGACCAAGAAACUACUAUACAGGACCUACAAUCUGACGUGACAACUUUAAGGAAUGACGUGAAUCAGCAACAGUCAGAUUUACAAGAUUUGACAGUCACUGUUAUUUAUGUGAAUACAACGACACAUGAACAAGAAACAGACAUAGAGGGGCUACAGUCAGACGUGACCACAUUAAGAAAUGACGUGGAUCAGCAAAACUCAGAUUUACAAGAUUUGACCGUCACAGUAAAUGUCUUGAAUGUCUCACGACUUGACCAAGAGACUAAUAUACAGGAUCUACAAUCUGACGUGACAACUUUAAAGAAUGACGUGAAUCAGCAACAGUCAGAUUUACAAGAUUUGACAGUCACUCUUAUUGAUGUGAAUACCACGACACAUGAACAAGAUACAGACAUACAAGGGCUACAGUCAGACGUGACCACAUUAAGAAAUGACGUGGAUCAGCAAAACUCAGAUUUACAAGAUUUGACCGUCACAGUAAAUGUCUUGAAUGCCACACGACUUGACCAAGAGACUAAUAUACAGGAUCUACAAUCUGACGUGACAACUUUAAGAAAUGACGUGAAUCAGCAACAGUCAGAUUUACAAGAUUUGACAGUCACUCUUAUUGAUGUGAAUACUACGACACAUGAACAAGAUACAGACAUACAAGGGCUACAGUCAGACGCGACCACAUUAAGAAAUGACGUGGAUCAGCAAAACUCAGAUUUACAAGAUUUGACCGUCACAGUAAAUGUCUUGAAUGCCACACAACUUGACCAAGAGACUAAUAUACAGAACUUACUAUCCGACGUGAACAAUUUACAGAGUAGUGAUUCUCGACAAGACACCGAUUUACAAGAUUUGACAACGACUGUUGAUAAACUAAAUACGACUGUCCACGAACAAGCGGCAGAAAUAGAGGAUACUUUCGGUCACGCUUACGGAGGCGGUAGCACAAUACCCAAUGAUGGACGGGUCGAACAAUGGCAAGUUGGUACAUGGCCUGGGACUUCUGCCCCCAUUAUAAAGGGAGGAAUGGAAUUCGAUGGCACAUCCUUUACUGUGCCGGAAGAUGGAAUCUACUACGUUUAUGGUCAAGUCGUAACUGCAGAAACUGUUACAAAAGAUUGCGGGUUUACAAUCGUCGUUUCCAAUGCUAUGGUGUCUCUGCCUACUUUUCUGACCGUUAGCCAUCCCGCCUCCGCUGACAAAGAUAUUACCAUAUUUGGAAGUCAAGUUCGCCGGCUAGACAAAGGAAACGCUGUGCAAAUGAUGACCACAAAUUGCUCGUAUUCAUUCGAAGCCGACAAAGCUGACUUUGGUAUGUUUCAGUUGAAAGGUUAA